AAGAAGCCAGAAGAAAAUAAAGGGGAGGAUGGCCGGCCCAUGGAUCAGGGGAGUGACAUGAUUCUAGCGUCCACCUUCUCCACGUCUGGCAGCUAUUUUGCUUUAACUGAUGACAGGUAGUGGUGAGGAGGUGCACAGCUCUGACCUUCACAGCCUCUGAGGAGAGGGUCUUGGUGGCCGACAAGUCUGGAGACGUUUACUCCUUCUCAGUGCUGGAGCCCCAUGGAGGUGGCAGGCUGGAGCUCGGGCACCUGUCCAUGCUGCUGGACGUGGCUGUGAGUCCUGAUGACCGCUUCGUGCUUACUGCUGACCGGGAUGAGAAGAUCCGCGUCAGCUGGGCCGCUGCACCACACAGCAUUGAGGCCUUCUGCCUGGGGCACACAGAGUUUGUGAGCCGGAUCCUCGUGGUGCCCAGCCAUCCUGAGUUGCUGCUGUCCUCCUCAGGGGACUGCACCCUGCGGCUCUGGGAGUACAGAAGUGGCCGCCAGCUGCAAUGCUGUGACUUGGCCAGCCUGCAGGAGCCGGUGGAGCCUCAGGGCCCCAAGAGGUUUGCCGCAUCCAGGAUUGCAUUCUGGGCCCAGGAGAGCUGUGUGGCACUUCUGUGUGACAGCCUCCCCGUGGUCCUCGUCUUCCAUCUUGAGGCCAGCGGACAGCAGCUGGCGUUCAGACAGCAGUUGACUUUUCCACACCGGGUGUGGGAUGUGGCGUUUGAGGAGACCCAGGGCCUGUGGGUUCUGCAGGACUGCCAUGAAAGCCCCCUGGUGCUCUGGAGGCCUGUGCGUGGCCAGUGGCAGUCUGUUCCUGAAAGUGCUGUGUUACAGAGGCUGGCCAGUCAUCUCCGUGGACACUGGGCCAUGUUGGAAGGCUCUGUUGGUGCUGCAGAUGGCUUCCGCAGCCUGUACAAGGCCACCUUUGACAACAUGACCUCCUACCUGAAGAAGAAGGAGGAGAGACUGCUGCAGCAGCUGGAGAAGCAGCAGCACCGGAAGAGCCCUCCGCCAGGGCCCCCUGCAGGGACCAAAAGGGCCCGCUCAGGGCCGGCAGCCUUGGGCUGCUGACCUCUGUCUUGGCGGGGCUCCCCACUGACAGUACAAGCAGCUCUUGGCCCAGCACCUCCCUUUAGAGGAAAGAGGUGGCAGCCAGGUCCCACUGGCUCAGUGGACAGUCUGUGGUCGCCAGGCUCUAGAGUGUCCUCACUGCUGGGUGCAGGCUCUUGCCUGGAGUCCGUUCCUCCCCGGUGAGGGGAAGCCAUGCAGUGACAGCUGAGCUGCAGAGCCUGCACAGGGUGGUGGGAGUGUCUUGAGCACUGUGUCUUCCUUCUGGAGGAAAUAUACUACCCGUGGCGCUGGCGGCUACUUUC